AUGGUCGAACGUGAAACACCGCAAGGCUUAUGGCGGCCGUUCGAGGGCCAAGAUGUUCAGGUGGAGUAUGUCUUGGGGGAUCCUUUGCUGCGGCUUUUCCUCCAGAGGGAGGCGGACAGCCCAACUUUCUCUGCCGAGUUCAAGGCCCCUGACAGAGCGGGAAUCCUGAAGUUCGUCUUGCGGCACGCCAGGCUGGGAUACAGCUCGCUGCUCAUCCAUUCCCUUGCCCCGUUACGAACUCCCCGCACUGACGACGCGGAUCAGCUGCAGCCCAGCGGCGGCUUUUACUACUUCGUAGCUGUCGCCGUUCUCCUCGGUAUGCCACACUUGCCUCUGUGA